UGCCCCCCCUCGUGUUUCGUCACGCCGCGGUCACGUGACCGGCACGCCCCCCGCGGGGGUCACGUGACGCUGCCGCGCCGGGAGGAAGCGGGCAGCAGCUACAGGAAUGGAGGCGCUCGUUCGCGUCACCUCCUUCAGGCAGGAGGGCGCGGACGCGGAGAGGGCAGCCUCCUCGUCGUCGUCCCCCUACACGGUCUUCAAGGUGGAGGUGACCAUGAACGGCAGGAAGCACUUUCUGGAGAAGCGCUACAGCGAGUUCCACGCACUGCACAAGCAGCUCAAGAAAGUAAUUAAAACCCCUGAGUUCCCACCGAAGCACGUGAGGAAUUGGGUUCCUAAAGUCUUGGAGCAGAGGCGGCAAGGGCUGGAGUAUUACCUGCAGGGAAUCCUGUACGAGAACGAAGAGCUGCCCAAGGUCUUACUGGAGUUUCUCAGCAUCCGGCACCUGCCCUCGAUUCAUAAGGCCGAUAGCUACGACUCCUUGGACGAUCUCGAUUCAGAAGAGCCGAGGCUCUGCCACCAGCCGGUGCUGGCCUACUCCCGGGAUCCGUACGUGCUGCCGGCCAUGUCGGAGGGCCUCCCCAACAUCGUGGUGGACGGUGUUCUGCAGGGCCUGUCCCUGCCGCCCAUACAGCAGAGGUGAUGGUGACCCCGCGACCCAGCUUCUCAUCAGCAAGCGCCUCUUGCCUCUCAAUCCGACACUGGAGCGCUUGCGUGUCUGCACCGUCACUCACUCGCCACUCCCUCUGGGCAAGUGAGCGAGCGCGUGCAUUGACCCUGUGAUCUGCAUCACGUAAUGUUUGUAACGGCAGCUAUAGUACGGGCGGGGUGGGGUUGUUUGUUUUUAUUUCAACCUUGUAUCCACAUACGGCAUAUCAUUUACACAGCAUUAAUAUAUUACGGAAUAGACGUGUGUACCGUAGAUUUUUAAAAAGAACAAUUGAAAGUUAAACAUAUUAUGAGACCUUGUUGAUAGUCUUACUUGAAGCAUUUAAUGGAGAUUAAAGCGAGCUUUGAAAUCAUAAGUACAUAGCAAGUGCUGCAUGAAGGACACUUUAAAAGUAAACUUGGCAUUAACAUACAGUUAUAGUAAUCAUCGUAAUGCGUGUGUGCUGUUGCAUAGGUGUGACAAUCACAGGGAUGGCUGCGCUGCUUGGCUUAGGAUUACAGUAAGUCCUCGUUUAACACGUUAGAUGCAGUUCUGAAAACUGCCGCGAUAAGCGGAAUACGCGUGAAGAUAAUUUUUUUCAUCAUAAAUAAAGUAGUAACAAUAAAGUUUGGCGAGAUAUACGAUGUACUACGGACGCCCGGUGAGAUGGCGGCACAAAUAGCUUGAGGGCUGUGCGCCGCCGCGUUACUGUAUCGUUCCGCUUAGUGUAUUCCUCCGCUCAGCCGCGCAGCUCAAGAAAGUAGUUCAUCGUUGAGCGUGUUACAAAACAAAUACGUUCCUUCGGAGUGGGCAGAUAGGAACUUGGUUGGACAGCGCAUUCGUGCGAUCCGUGUCACGCGGCGCGUCACGUGGUGCGGAGCCCGCCCGAAGCGCUCUAUGAAAUACAAAACGGUGGGCGUGGCUAUGCACGACAGACAGACAAAUAAUCCCUGGUGGGCAUUGUGGAACUGUUGUUCCUACCUGUAAAAAGGCAUUGCCUAAUGAAAGGAGCUGCGUUGUAGCGAAAAAGCAGUGUGCGCGCAAACGUUAAGCGAGGGCUUGGCGUACGUUCCUGUCCCCUAUCCAAACGUAAACCCAUCAAAACGACACGGCGAAGCAGACGAAUCGGUGCUGGAGUCGUGUUUCCGGCGCUGCGUUUGCGGCAGAUGGAAAAAAUUCGUCGGUGGGAACACACAGAGAGACCAAUUCCAGUUUUGUGGCAGUAUUUUCUGCAUGGCUGUGGCCUUCUGAUGAUUGAUAGUCGUAGUGAAAUCUGCACUCUCUUGCCACGGAGGAGGACAUAGAGGGAUUGUACUGCGCUGAUGAUCACUAAUGUCGGGCGAAACCCAGUACGCGAUAGGUCGUGUUGUAUUUACCACCAUGACAUUUUAACAAGGCCGCACAUUCUGGUGGCUGAGAACCCAACAAAAGGCUGCUAGGCAGCCUGAUCCUCGUCAAGGGACAUAAACAAUCACGCAAACUACGGUCAUCCUCGCAGUAGCGGUUUUUCGCAAACCAUGGAACAAAGAUGGUCACUGCAUCGCGCGCUUUCAGAUGCGCUUCUGUGGCCAUUCGGAACGCUCUUCCGAUAUGAGGAAGACACUGGAGAUAUGCACUUUUAAAAUCUCGUUAAAAACUAAUUUCUUUAGAACUGAUUUUUACGUUCAGUUUGCUGCCCUUCCCCCGCACCUCGGAUUUGCACGGUUGGCUACGUACGGUGCGAAAGAUGUUAAACAUACAUACGUAUAUGCACGCAUACAUACUCGCACCGGGCUGGCAAAGUGCACUGCGUUGUUGGUUUGCCCACAGCAGAGGUCGCAAACCGGUUUUGAUUCCUUACCCGUACCCGGCCACACCAGGGUCGCAAACGGGUACCCGUACCCAGCCGUACCCGUACCCUACGGGUAUCGGGAACCUGAUUGCGACCUCUGGGAUGAAGCCAUGUUGCAGGCGCGGGUGGGUUGAUUCUAGGAACUUGAAUUGUGAGAAGAGACAAGACGUUGGGAAAUGAGUGACAAACAGUUACUCACCAGUGACUCACGGUCUACCCGUACCCGGCCGCACCAGGGUCGCAAACGGGUACCCGUACCCAGCCGGGUGCCCGUACCCAGCCGGGUACGGGUAGCCGGGUAUCGGGUAGGGUACGGGUAUCGGGUACCCGGUUGCGACCUCUGGCCCACAGCGAGUGACGGGGGUGCCAAUGGUGCUGUAGCGGCGCGGAGUUGGACGUGACAUCCCCUCUGCCGCCUGCAGUUUUGUCCAAAAACGACGUGUCGUCUGCGACGGCUCCGAAAAAGUUAAACUGUUACCUGCAUGCUUUAUUGAUGUUUAUACUUUAUUAACAAUGUACAUUUAUGUCAACUCGAGGGCUCCUCUUGUUUUUCAAAACGACCCAUCGAGCUGUUUUUGGUGUCGACUGUUGGUGAUGCUUACUACUGACUUUGCUGCUGACUGUGCUUGGAACAGUGUGCCAGUGAGUGAGGCAAUGGUCACUUACCCAAGUGGAGCACACGCGCCAACGCGUUUCAACUCGCCACGUCUCGCAGGAUUUCGCCGGGCUACAGAGUGAACAUUGAAUUUACUCGAUAGGUCAACACUACGGGCCGAGAUUUGCACCUUAAUGGGACAAGGAUCACUGUGGCCUGGCUAGGGUGCCGUGUUGGGACAGGUGGAAGGUGGUGGUGUGCGUUGUAGGGAAGCAGCUGGAAGGCUGCGGAAGGAUUCGGGUGUCGAUUGCUGUCCGACACGGGCUCGGGGAGACUUCUCAUCGUCGCCCGCAAGCUCGCUGCUGUUAACACUACCGCAUGUUUGUGAACGUGAGAGACUGCUGCCCUUGACACCGUUUGGAAGCGAGCAAUAUUGCUUGUGCUGUCAUACGCAGAGCUAAACGAGGGUCGGUGUCUUCAUGGACACUCGGCGGUUCCAAAUGAGGUCAACGGCGUCUAACUAAAUUUUCCCACUGCGAAUGAAAAUCUAAAUUACGUUCACGGAAGCUGGGCCAUGCAUUGGCCCGGGAUAAAUCAAACUAAACUAGAAGAAUUACAGCUGACACUAACGUCGCGAAGUAUGCUCCCUCCUCCUCCCUCCUCCUCCCUCCCUCCUCCUCCCUCCCCCCUCCCCCCUCCUCCUUACCCCCUCUUCCUCCCUCCCCCCUCCUCCCUCCGCCCCCUCCUCCCCCCUCCUCCCUCCCCCUCCUCCUUACCCCCUCCUCCCUCCCCCUCUUCCUCCCCCCUCCUCCUCCCUCCCCUCCUUACCCCCUCUUCCUCCCCCCUCCUCCCUCCUUACCCCUCUUCCUCCCUCCCCCCUCCUCCUCCCUCCCCUCCUCCUUACCCUCUCUCCCUCCCCCCUCCUCCUCCUCCCCCCUCCUCUCUCCCCCCUCCUCCCUCCCUCCUGCCCCCUCCUCCCUUCCAUUGCGUGCCGAUUGGCCCAUUGUGCAGCUGAGAAUACCAAUGGGACAGCAUUGGCCCGAAAGGGUCCUGUUGUUGGUCAAGUUGUUCACCUUUUAAUUUCAGAAAAUACAAUUUUAACUUUGCGUUGUAUUGAACGCCUUUAUAGGAAUAUCGAUGUAAUGACACAUUGUAGGAUAGACGUGAUUGUCUUGUUUUCUGCCCGUUCAUACACGAUGCGUAUUAUUUGAUGCAACAUACUAUGCCCUCGAGUCACAGAGCACUGUUAAAAAGAGUCCUCGGAACUCACUGAAUAUAUUAUUUAAAACGAAAACGUCACGUGUCAUAACACGCCUUCGUGUAAAUGCAAUAAAAGCAAAAUGCUGUUAUGA